GUUUGCGACGGUCGCCUUCCGCUCAUUUCACGACAUUACGAGCUUGGACCACGUGCUACUCUUACCUCCGUUCUUAAUUUUCUUGCUCUCGCACCCCAAACCUCUCACCGGGUCUCCCUAAUCUUGCACGCAUAUAAUGUACGCUUCGGGCUACGACCAGUCCUCGUCGCGCUCGCCCAUUGCCCAACGAAACCAACCCCAGACUGGCACGCUGCACCGCAUGCCUUCCCGCCAGUUCGACGCCUACGGCCAAGUGCCACAGGGCAACAACAUGUACGCGCAAGACGACCAUCAACGGACCUACGACCAGCCUCGCAACUACGAGCGCCUCAACCAGACAAUGCACGCCGGCGGCUACGGCUACGACAUGGGCGCGCCUCAGGGCUGGAACACCAACGCCUUCUCCCAGAACGGCGGCCUGGGAUCGCUUGGGGGAGCCCAGGCUGCACGCAUGAAGUCGCAGCAGCGCGGAGGAGGGCGCAGUGCCCUGCCAUCGGGAUGGAUGGACCAGCAGCCUCAGGGUCUGCCUAGCUUUGCUCUGAGCAACAGCAACCUCAACGCCAUGCAGAACACAAGCUACGGCCACGAAGUCGAUGAAGAGCUCAUCCCCACCGCCAUUGUCAUUAAAAACAUUCCCUUUGCUGUCAAGAAGGAGCAGCUCGUCUCGCUCAUGACGGAACUGCGCCUACCCCUGCCCUAUGCCUUCAACUACCACUUCGACAACGGCGUCUUCAGAGGUCUGGCGUUUGCCAACUUCACCACCGCCGAGGAGACGGCGGCCGUCAUCGAGUCGAUGAACCACUUUGAGCUGAAUGGCAGGAAGUUGCGUGUCGAAUACAAGAAGAUGCUGCCGCUGGCCGAGCGCGAGCGUAUCGAGCGGGAGAAGCGUGAACGUCGUGGACAGCUCGAGGAACAACACCGGCCCCUUGGCGGCGGUCUCCAAUCGCAGGCCUCGUUUGGCUCCCUUGCCUCCCACAUGCCAGCUACAUCGCCUUCGCCUGUUUCAGCCAUGCGAGGUGGAUCGGCACAGAAGACUGUUGAUGUCGACCUAAACGACCCCCAAGUGCUGCAAUUUUACACCCAGCUGCUUUUGUUCAAGGAGACCAAAGACCGCGACAGCAUGACUUUCCCCCCGAACCUAGCCCCUCUCCAGCGACGCACCGUUCACACCCUAGCCCAUCAGCUCGGCCUGGCCCACGUCUCCAAAGGUACCGGCGACCAGCGCCAAGUCCACAUUUUCAAAGUCCAUGACAACCAGGGCCUCAGUCCUCCCAUGCCCCAGAUCUCCAGCAACCACAUGGAGCAGCCGCGCCGCAACCUUAACCGUGCAGCGACUACUGACUUCAGCGAUGUGCGCGCCGAAGGCGGCUUCUACAACGCCUUCAACAGACAGCCAUCCGGUCUCCUCGGAUUCCCCGACAGCCCCGGUGGUUUGAACGCAGUACCGAACCUGCGCGGCGCAAAGUCAUAUGCGGAUCUGAGGUCGUAUACCCCGUCCCCGGCACCGAGCACAGCUAGUCAUCCGAUCGGACGCCCCGGUGGCAUAUCACUCGAGGGAUUGGGAUACAGUGGAAGUUCGACGAAUCCUAAUGGUACGCCUACGACUGGAUCCAUGAGCCAGCGGGAUGAUGGUUUGUUGGAGCGCGAAAUGAGCCGCAUGCAGCUUGGGGGUGGGUAUCCACAGAACAGCAGCAGCCCAAGGUCUCUGCGCCAGAUGACGAGUUGGGAUGCUCCGGGUCCCAUUGGUGGACAUAGGUCCUUCAGCACAAACUACGAUGAUAGACCAUCCAGGCAACCUCGUGGACCGCUACCAGAAAGGGGACAAGGAUUUGGAAGACCAAGACAGAAUGGACACCAGAACCGCAACUCUGACGAGCUCUCGUCACAGUCCAAUGUCGAAAUCCUCGUCGGCCAAUAGUUGCAUCUCCGGCCCACGCUACACGCACGCAAACGAAGUUGUUGCACGCAAACGAAAACGAUUAGUCUUCGCACGUAUCACUCCUUUCACGUGCGACGGCGCCUAUGAACGAACGAACGCCAAAGAUACAGACGUGAACACAGACGACGAAUAUUUAACGGCCUCUACCGCCCGCUCCCCCCUACAAUUCGGUGCCCUCGCUAUACUUAACCUACCUACCCACCACCCCCUGGAUUGAAACUUUACGAUGCAUACGAAGAAUGAUGCUACGAACGGUAGAGAAGACAUUGUCACUAGUAUAUCAGAUCCAGAACUAAAUCGGGCUCGCUGCCCUUUCACUCUCAC